UAGAAAAUGGCUCUCUGCUUCAAACAAUUAGCAGGAGCUUUUCCAUCAGCCUGGUUCACUUGGGGCUGGGUUGGAAACAGCAUUUUGCUGCCUGGAGGAGCUCAGUCCCCUGAGACCCUGCUGAUGUUGAUGUUGCAGUUCAGCCCAACUUCCCUGCUUCAGCUUCAAGGUGCCCUAAACCAAGAGGUAAAAAAACCCCACCCCAUUUAUGCUUUCCUGCCUCCUGUGUCACAGAAACAAGUGCAUCUAACAUGAGCUUAAUUCUUAAGGAAGACCCCAGGCUUACCUUUCUGUGAAAGCAAAGAAUCCUGAAUAUGACAUGAUUUUUAAAUCAGUGGUGGAAUUUUAAUACCAUCAGGGUCCCCAAGCAGGGACUAGGGUAGGGUCUGCCACUGCUUCUUCAUCUGCUGCCAAAUCCUGCCCCUCUUCUCUCUUUCUGAAGUGGCUACCUCGUUUUCCUUAAAUUAAUGAAAAAAGGUUGAUGAAAAAAAGGUUGAAUGGGGACCUGCUACAGUAAAACCCUGAUUUGAGAAUAAAUUGUGGCUCAUGUCUGACCUCUUCCCCACAAUGGAAUUUUUUGGGAGGUAACAGCUCAGUCAAGGUGCUCCAGUAACCAGCACCGAAGUCAUGAAGACUUCAGUGAAAGUGGCAUCCCAGAAGAUGUACUCUGAACUUGGGAAAAAUGUAAUUGUAUAACCAUAUUUGACUAUAGAUUUUGACUAUAGGAGCUCAUUGGUGAAUUCUUGUCAUGCUAUUUUUAAAAAUAAAAUACCCUGUGUUCAGAUAUAUUAGGUUUUUGAAGUGUUUUUGACAGUGAUUCAUUGUAAGAUAAGAACUUGGAAUUCACAAAUCUUGGAAAAAGCAGAGUAUGCUCUGGAGGUGUUAAACUGACUACAGUAAUCUAAGCCUAAACUGUAGACCCUAGGAUGGAAGAAUAAAAUUAAAACAUAAGCACACUGUUAAGAUAAUGUUCACUCUCAUUUCCUCCACUCAGCUUCCCCAAUCUCCAGCUGUCUAUUUCCUAGACAGAAUGAAAGUGCUGAUCAUACUCCUGAUCCUACUGAAAGGAUUUGUGUUGUUUUUUUACAUGAAGUGAGCAGAGAAUCCUAUGAUCACAACCAGGGAGACCCUGCGUGUAGCCAGGAGGAGGAGAGGGACAAACAGGUUUACUAGAGUGUGUUUGCAGACUUUGGAGGAAGAAACAGGUGUGAGAAGUAACACUAAGGGUAAAGUUGAGUUGGAAUUCAAGAGUACUUCAGAUGUCAUUCUCUAGAAAAACAAUUGCUCUCGUAUUAAGUUAAAUUCAUUAAAGGGUGACUCUAAAGUCCCAGGACAACCCCACCUCCAUUUCCUAGGUAACCUGUCAACAAAAACAUCAAUCUUACAGAAGAAUGAUCCUUGAUCUUCAAACAGAGUCACACCCCAAGUUAAUCCCCAGAUAUUUAAGCUUCAUUUCAGUUUAAUUCUUCAAAGUUACUUCCUUAAGGAGCUGAUCAAAGUUCACCUUUCUUCUAUAGACUGAAGAUGUGGCAAUCAUUCUUACCUGACAAUAGGUGAAAUCCAGCUCUGGCUCUAAACAGGGCAUAUUUUGUGGUCAUUGAGCUGGAUCUCUGCUUAUCUUAAAACUCUCAUUGAAAUUGAAAGCUCCAUUUGCACCUAAUUGUCUACGUCACCAACACGAAGCCCUGCUAUAGCAGAUGAGAUUUGACCUGCAAGCAGCAAAGUGAGUUUUAGGCAAAGACACACCACAUUUAAACUUCAGGAUCUGAUUCUUCUGUUCAUUUUCCUUCCCUUCUGCCGCUGGAAAUUUGUCUGGCAAGAGGAAAAAUACCUGUCUGAUAUCAGUGCUCCUCUUUGCUGACUAAGGCAGGUAAGCAGAGCUCUGUUAUUUGUUUCUCUCCUGAGCAAGUGGUGAAUGUUGGGGUGGAAAGGAACCGAUCUUUUCCCUUCAUCCCAGCUGUGCACACAGGGAUCAGCAAGGUCUUCCCAUCCUCCAGGCCUCCUCAGGUGCAGGUGGCAAGGACUGGGGGCAUCAGCAGCACAGCUGUUCCCAGAAGGUCAGCUGUGGGAUCAUCCCACCCCUUGGACUGCAGGCAUGGAGCAGAGGAGAUGGCUGCUGGUGGCUCUGCCACUGCUUCUGGCUAUCGCUCUCUCAGGUUCUGUUUUUCCAGGUGCAUCUCAGUGGGUCUCUGCAUCAUGGAUACAACUCUCUUUAUUCCUUCUCGCAUUGGCUGCUGGUUCUGUUCUGAUAUUUCAAGGAAGGAGAGUGGACUCCCUGGAAACUGUUUGGCUGAAGAACCACCAGCAACUCUACCAAAAAAUUCAGACUCUGCAGGAAGCUUUCCAGAAUGAGCAGGAGUCCACACAGCAUGAUAUUCAGCUCCUCAGAACACACCUGGAGAAGGAACUAGGAUUGACAAUAGAGGCAAAUACUACAAACACUUUGGAAUCUAUGUGGAAGAAGGACCUCCAAGAAGUGUCCAAACAAGUCCAAACUCUGCAGAAAGCUUUUAAAAACACCCAGGUGUACGCACAGCGUGACCUUCAGAUGAUCAGAACAGUCCUGAAGGAUGAACUAGGAAAGACAGUGGAGGCAAAUGUCACAGGGAAUAUAGCAUGCACAUGGCAGAACGACCUCUUGCAGCUCUCCCAACAAAUUCAAACUCUGAAGCGAACUUUCCAGAACAUGAAGGUUGCCAUACAGCGUGACCUUCUAAUGACCAGAACAGACCUGGAGAACAAACUAGAAAGGACAGUGGAGGAAAAAACAAGCACCUUAGAAUCCAGGCUGGAGAAGGACCACCAUGAAAUCUCCAAACAAAUUCAAAUUCUGCAGGAAAACUUCCUGAACACAUAUGAGACCACACAGCGUGACCUUCAGAUGAUCAGAAUACACUUGGAGCAUGAGCUAGAAAGGACAGUGGAGGAAAAUACAAGGACCAUGGAAUCCAUGUGGAAGAAGGACCUUCUGCAGCUCUCCCAGCAAAUGCAAACCCUGCAGGAAGCAUUCCAGAACAUGGAGGUGUCCACACAGCGUGACCUGCAGACCAUAAGAACAGACGUGAAGAAUGAGCUAGAAAGGACAGUGGAGGAAAAUACAAGGACCAUGGAAUCCAUGUGGAAGAAGGACCUUCUGCAGCUCUCCCAGCAAAUGCAAACCCUGCAGGAAGCAUUCCAGAACAUGGAGGUGUCCACACAGCGUGACCUGGAGACCGUAAGAGCAGACAUGAAGAAUGAGCUAGGAAGGACAGUGGAGGAGAAUACAAGGACCAUGGAAUCCAUGUGGAAGAAGGACCUUCUGCAGCUCUCCCAGCAAAUGCAAACCCUGCAGGAAGCAUUCCAGAACAUGGAGGGGUCCACACAGCGUGACCUGGAGACCAUAAGAACAGACAUGAAGAAUGAGCUAGAAAGGACAGUGGAGGAGAAUACAAGGACCAUGGAAUCCAUGUGGAAGAAGGACCUUCUGCAGCUCUCCCAGCAAAUGCAAACCCUGCAGGAAGCAUUCCAGAACAUGGAGGUGUCCACACAGCGUGACCUACAGAUGAUAAGAGCAGACAAGAAGAAUGAGCUAGGAAGGACAGUGAAGGAAAAUACCUCAAGGGUCUUGGAAUCCAUGCAGCUGAUGGACAUCCAGCAGAUCUCCCAAAAAAUCCAAACUCUGGAAGAAACUUUGCAGACCAUAUUGGGGUCCACAAAAUAUGACUUAGACCUUCCAGUGCUACGGUCCUACAAAGGAGAUGUCAUCCUGGAUGCUGACACGGCUCAUCCCAGAUUGGAAAUCUCUGCGGAUGGGAGGAGAGUGAAAGAUACUGGUGUCAUCCGAUUCUUGUUCAGAAAUGAGAAGAGAUUUGAUUCCCAUCUGUUUGUGUUGGCAAAGGAAGGAUACACUUCUGGGAAACACUAUUGGGAAGUAAAUGUUGGGACAAGAAGAAACUGGGCCUUGGGUAUUGCCUGUGAAUCUGUGACUCGCAAAGGGACUUUGACUCUGUGUCCUGAGAACGGCUUCUGGGUUAUUGCGUGUGUAGAUGGGCAAGAUUAUUUGGCCUGCACGAAUCCUUGGACCUGUCUGACUGUGACUGGCUGUUUGUCAAAGAUUGGGAUCUUCUUGAACAUCCCAGCCAAGCAGGUUUCUUUUUAUGAUGUCUUUAGGGCAGUAGCUUUGUACACUUUCAGCAUUGCUGAGGGCAGCAGCCAGGAAGGCAAAUUCCUUCCCUUCUUCUCUACAGGCCUUGCUGCUUCUGAGCCUGACACCGAGCCACUAGAAAUAUUGCCAUUUUCUGAUGAUGAUGAUGAGUAGUUUACUCUGCAUUUCAAAGGUCAAUACUGUGAUUGAAUCACAUUGUAAUCAGGCUGCUGAUUUGUGUCUUCCAAACAAAAGUAUUGAAGGAGAGGGCAAAUCUGUCAUCGUGGUCGGCUUUCUAAAUUAUGCAUCAGAACAAAAGGUUUUUUGAGUGAAAUUUUAUGUUGUCAAGAGAAAUAAUUUUUCUUUCAUAGUAGUAUGAAAAAAGCACUUCCUGUGGAUUGUGAAUUUUCCUGAAAAAUUACUCUAUUGGGAUGUUUUUUUUGAUCUCAUACAAAUUUUGGGGUUUUUUUUGUUUGUUUGUUUUGUGUCUGGGGUGGUUGCUGACCUGCCUCUGCCCCCCAGUCCCCCUGACUUUGGGAUCAUUGGGAUGAAUGAGAGCCGGACCAGGGUUUCCAGUGAGAAUUGGGGGCACAGUGAGGAGCAGCUCCUUUCUUCUGGCCAGGCUUUUUUGGCUGGCUGGGCCCCUAGUUUCUCUGACUAGAGAUACUAUUGCUCUGUUGGUUUUGCCUGUUUAUUUUUGUUUCUUUUCCUUCCUCUGUUUUUUCUGGAUCAAUAUUUGUGUAUCUCCUGGAAGCUGCCGCCCUUAGGCAUUCUGCAGAUGCAGUCAGAGUCUCAUGAGGUUCUUAUUUCACCUCAUAAAGUUUAGAGCAAUUGAUUUCCCUUGGCAUUGCAUGUUUAAAGCCAAAUAAUAUCCAUUUUUGAUAUUUUCCCAGGAAAUCCUUCCCUGCCCUGGUAUUGGGGUCCCAAUAGGGGUCCAAGGAGGGAAAGUGCUCUUCAACAGUUCCUGGUAGCCUGCCCUCUGUGUCUGUACUGUUCACCUCCCUCCUAGCAGUCUGGAGUUUCUGUAGAAUCGACUAGAUUAUUUAGCAGAACCUGUAUAUCCAGUCAGUCUGGAUCUUGAGAAUGGUUUCAAAUACUUUAGGUAGUCUCUCCAGAUCUUCUCUAUAGGGAAGAGGUGAGGCAUCUCACCCACACCUCAAGAUCAAUUGAAAGAGAAAGGUACUUUUACCAUUACCAGGCCAUGAGAGACUUUCUGUUUACCCCAGGUUCACCCCAACACUGGCCACUCCUUUUGCAGUUUCAGAUGGUUUUCCAAAUAAAAGAAUAAAUCCACAUAAGGCAAUUAAUUCCAUUUCCCUCUCUCCCUCCCUAAACUCAGGUACCAUUCUCUGGCCACUUAGCCUGGUGGUUUAGCUGGUAUACUGGCCACCACUGAUGGCAAUGUUGGAUUAGUCUAGGUUUCCUUGGUGGGUCUCCUCCUAUCUGUUUCCAGUUUUUCAAUAUACAUUUCAAUAGAGAAUUGAAAUUUCCCACUUGAAUUUUAGAAGAAACCGGCCCCAUUUUCAAUAAUUACAAAUAUACAAGCUAUUAUAUCUGAAAGUUAAAAUGGUAUUUCUGGGUUUGUAAUGGGAGGGGGAGUAGGGAAGAGAAAGGAGACUGCCAAACCAGCAAUCACUAAAACUGACACAAGAGGGUGCUUCAAGUCCACAAAUGAGAUCUCAGCCACGCACACAAACUGAAGGAGUGCUGGAAUCAUCUGUCCAGGGAGGUGGUGGAAUCACCACCCCUAAACAUGUUUUAAAAAAGACUGGACAUGGCACUGUCAGUUAUUGUUCCCUGUCAAUGAAGUGAAUUCCAGUGAUCUGAGGGGUAGGUCUGAUAAUUAGAGUCUGUGAUGUACACAAGAGUAGAAAGAUCACCCAGCAGCUGGCACAAAGAAGAAACUAGAAGAAACUGUCUAGGAGAAUUUUCAUCUGCAAUGAUUUCUGCAGGCUGCAAGACUCAAAUGAUAACUUGAAAAAAAGUGUUCAGUAGCAUGCAUUCAGCAUUGGACUUAUUGCUAAAAUAAUUUAUUAAUGCUAUAUUGCUUCUCUGAACUUGGGAUGUGGUAGUAAACAAGUGUCUCAUUACAAUUCA